CUAAACAUGGCUGCACAGGACUGAAGAAACGUUCGAGUGUUAACUAUUUAAAACUAUGUUUCGUUUAGAGAACUUGUCGUCACUUUUAGUUGGGUUUCAGACUCGUAGACUAAAUUACUGUAAUUUUUGAAUUCAUACAUUUAUGAGUUUAUUGUUGCUGCUGCUAACUGCGUUCUCUGCUUUGCGCCGCUGAUUAUUUGGUAGCGAGUAGUAAAUAUUAUGGGAUGUUGGACACGUGCACUGUUUAGUCAUUGUUUUCUCAUGUUGUGACAUUGAGUAGUGGGUAGUGUCCAAACUAUUUAAAUGACUAUCCAAAAAUUAAUGAAUCUAUACUCACUUCCAUUACUAUAUGAUUUGUACAUUAUUUUAUUCUACAUAAUAAUUGUCUUGAACCUGAGGGUAUCCUGACAUUGGGUUGUUUAUAUGGAAAUGUAUUGAAGCCUUUUCUAUUAGCUGUGACUUGUUCAGGUGGGAUUGUCUUCUUAACCUUUGUUGUUGUUGUUGUUGUAAUUAUUUGAACAUGUAGGUCUAGUAUUUUGUUUGGUUGAGAAGGAUCCUGUUCUAGAGUACAGGUUGUCAAACCUGUUCCUGGAGUACUCCCUCUCCUGCACAAUUUAGUGUUUUCCCUGCUCUUAGCACACCUGGUUCACCUGACUAACUGUGCUUCCUGAGUUAAGUCAAAUGUUUAGGAGGGGAAAACACUGAAAUAUGCAGGACAGGGGGUACUCCAGGACUUGGGUUGGGAGCCUGUGGUCUAGAGGAUGGCUGUCACAUGGAGUCACAUGCUGCUUGGUGAUUCCUUAGCUGCGCCGGAGGUUAAGAAGUUUUCUCUGUUAAUGAAACCGGUGCAAAUGCAGAUGAUUUGCAGACAACAUACUCGGAAUGCAACUUGUAUAUAAUUUACUUUUAAUUUCUGUCAAUACCAAAGCUCACUCUCACUCUUCCGGCAAAGUACUUGCUUUCUAGCUUGGUUUCCAGCAUUUUGGAAAACAGUAUCAGUAUAAUGGAGACUUUCAUGUACACCUAUUAUACAGAUUUCAUUUACAGCUGUUGCUGCUAUUAUAGAGUGAAUUAUAACUUUUAUGUGCAGAUAUUAUAGUUCACAGCUGAUGUGAAUGUGGGCUAAUUUCUCUGUAACUCUGUGUUUAUCAGAUUAGAUCUGGGGCUUCUUCUGUGCUCUAUAGCCUUGAUUCUCCAUGACUGACCACAGGUCUUGUGUCCAGCUGAACACUGGAGUUCAGAUGCCACUGUUGGGUUUGGGCACGUACCGUUUGCAAGGCCGUGAGGAAAUUUAUCAGACUGUGGAUGCUGCCUUAACAGCAGGCUACAGAGCUUUCGAUACAGCAGCAGUGUACCGCAACGAGGCAGACAUUGGACAGGCCCUUUGCACCUUGUUGCCCAAGCAUGGGCUUUCCAGAGCUGAAGUGUUCAUAACGACUAAAUUAAGUCCAAAGGACCAGGGUUGGAAAGCCAAGGAUGGCUGUUUGAGAAGCCUGGAGCAAUUAGGCUUAGAUUAUAUUGACCUGUUUCUUAUUCACUGGCCUGGUACACAAGGGUUGGAUGUGAAGGAUAAGCGAAACCCUGAAAAUCGAGCUCAAAGUUGGGCAACCUUGGAGGAGUUCCAUGCAGAGGGAAAGUUCCGUGCCAUUGGAGUGUCGAAUUACACGGUGAAGCACAUGGAGGAGCUGCUGAAGAGCUGCACAGUCAUUCCAGCUGUUCUCCAGGUGGAGUUCCACCCCAGGUUGGUCCAGAGGGAGCUCAGGGAAUUGUGUGAGAAAAGUGGAGUAUGUUUCCAAGCAUACUCCUCCUUGGGGACAGGCGUCCUCCUCUCUGAUCCUCUAGUUCUCGAGAUAGCAGGACGUUAUGGAAAAACUCCCGCUCAGGUGCUUCUGAGGUGGGCUGUGCAGCAAAACAUACCUGUGUUGCCGAAAUCAUGCCAGCCCAACAGGGUGCAGGAGAACGGGUGCUUGUUUGACUUUGAGCUAAGUGACGGUGACAUGGCAACGCUUUCUGCUCUGGACUGCAGGGAGAAGUUCUGUUGGGACCCUUCACUAGUACUCUAGACUACCUUCAGUGUCAGACAGUUCUAGAUGCUGGUUUAGGUUUAAUCAACUGGUUGUUGGGUAAUAUAUUACUGCAUGAGUUUGUUAUUGGUGAAAGUGAUUAUGAUUAUGGUGUCAGGGCUCUCAUAAUUGAACAUGAGAUACAUAUACAGUGCUGUGAAAAAGUAUUCUUUGUUUCUUCAGUUUUUUUGUCUCUCUCAUACUAAAUAGUUUCGAAAUUAAAACAAUCUAAGAUAAACCAAAGACAACCUGAAUAAAUGCAAAAUACAGUUUUUAAAUGAUAAUGCUAUUUAUUGAAGCAAAAACGUUAUCCAAUACCAACUGAGCCUGUGUGAAAAUGUAUGUCCCUGUAGUUACCAAUUCCCCAAAUCUAUGAAACUGCAUUCAUAAUGGGGUUCAGCUGGACUUGACGUAACCAGGCCUGAUUACUGGUUCAAUCAAAUCAACACUUAAAUAGAACUUUUUCAGCAACAUGAAGUUGGUUAAAAGGUCUUGUGCAGUAACACCCUAUGUCAAAGUUGAAAGAAAUUCCAGAAAUGAUGAGGAAGAAGGUGAUUGAAAUACAUCAGGCUGGGAAGGGUUACAAAGGUAUUUCAAAGGCUCUGGAACUCCAAAGAACCACACCAAGCGCCAUCAUCUCCAAAAGUGCUCUCUGCCAUACUUCUUGGCGGCCCAGAAGGCUGGAGGUGCUGAGCGGG